UUUUCCUUUUAUCACAUCAUGAUUCAAGAAUUGCAAACGUAAUUUCAGGAAGCCCCUCACCCUCCAUCGGUUUCAGCACACCGACACGUUAACCCACAAAGUCCACGCGUCGAAAUCUCACCGGCUACCGACAUCAAGACAAACCUCAGCGCACGUCACUAACGUGCGCCUGCGCCACCCCAAACCUCAGUGACUCUCAGUUAUAUAAAAUAAAACUCUCCCUCGGUUCUCUUUUCACAUUAAAUCUAUCAAAAAUUUAUUUAUAAAAAAAAAAAGAAGAAAUUGUCGAUCUUGCUCAGAAAAUCAAAACCCAGUAAGUCUCUCUCUCUUUCUUUCAAUUCUCUUUGUUCUGUAAAUUUCUGUUUGUGAAAAUCUUCAUUUUUAGCUCUCCUGAAGAUCCGCCAACUGAUUCAACAAAACACUUUCUUUGUGAUUUGUUUUUGUUGAGAAAAUAGUUUAUUGGGGAUGUGUGUGAAAUGGGAUUUUCUUUGUUUUGAUUGUUACUGUUAGAUAAUUUUGGGAUUGAUUUCAAGAGGGUGAUGCGACGCCGUACGGCGUCGAGUGUUCCCAUUGAGCAAAUGGAGAAGGGAACCGGAAAGAAUCACAACACUAGGCUUUGUUUCUUGGCAUCUUUGUCAGCUUUCUUUUGGAUUUUGUUGUUGUAUGUCCAUUUCGUUGUGCUUGGAACUAGUAAUACUAAUGCCACUGAUGAUUCUCUUAAAUUACAACCCAGUAAUGUUAACACCGAUUCCAUCAAUACCCAUUUGCCCGAUCCCCCUCUAAUUCAAUCUGACACCCAUUUGGAAACUGCCCGGGUUCACGAACCCGAGAAUUACCCUGAAUCUGACGCCCAUUUGGAAAAUAUUCCGGCCCGUGAACCCAAGAAACCCGGGAAUUAUCCCAAAUCUAGGCAGGGUGGGAGUGGUGAGGCUAAGAAGGAAACUAAGAAGGAGACUAAGGAGAAGGAGUAUCCUUCGUUUAUGAGGGCGUUGAGGACGGUAGAGAACAAGAGUGAUCCGUGUGGUGGGAGGUAUAUCUAUGUUCAUGAUCUUCCUCCAAGGUUUAAUGAGGAUAUGCUUAGGGAGUGUAGGUCUUUGAGUCUUUGGACGAAUAUGUGUAAGUUUACGACGAAUGCAGGGCUUGGUCCGCCGCUUGAGAAUGUUGAAGGGGUGUUUUCGGAUACUGGUUGGUAUGCAACAAAUCAGUUUGCAGUUGAUGUGAUAUUUAGUAAUCGGAUGAAACAGUAUGAGUGCUUGACGCGUGAUUCAUCUCUUGCCGCGGCUAUUUUUGUACCCUUUUAUGCAGGGUUUGACAUUGCACGGUAUCUUUGGGGGCACAAUAUCUCGAGGAGGGAUGCAGCUUCGCUUGAUCUGGUUGAUUGGCUUAUGAAGAGGCCGGAAUGGGGAAUUAUGGGUGGGAAAGAUCAUUUUCUCGUUGCAGGGAGGAUCACUUGGGAUUUUAGGAGGUUAUCGGAGGAAGAAAAGGAUUGGGGUAACAAGCUUCUGUUCUUGCCUGCUGCGAAGAAUAUGUCAAUGCUUGUGGUUGAAUCAAGUCCAUGGAAUGCUAAUGAUUUUGGUAUUCCAUAUCCCACGUACUUCCAUCCAGCAAGGGAUGCUGAUGUGUUCAAUUGGCAGGAGCGGAUGAGGAAUUUAGAAAGGAAGUGGCUCUUCUCUUUUGCUGGUGCCCCACGUCCUGGCAAUCUUAAGUCAAUUAGAGGACAGCUUAUUAAUCAAUGCAAGAGCUCAAAGCGCGGCAAGCUGUUGGAAUGCGAUUUUGGGGAGAGCAAGUGUCAUUCUCCAAGCAGUAUAAUGCAGAUGUUCCAGAGCUCUCUUUUCUGCCUUCAACCUCAGGGCGAUUCAUACACCAGAAGAUCAGCUUUUGACUCUAUGUUAGCUGGUUGCAUACCUGUCUUUUUCCAUCCCGGGUCAGCAUACACACAAUAUACUUGGCAUCUUCCAAAGGAUUAUACAAAGUAUUCUGUGUUCAUUCCUGAGGAUGAAAUCCGAAAGAGGAAUAUUAGCAUUGAGGAAAGGCUGCUUCAAAUUUCUCCUGAGCAGGUGAAAAUCAUGAGGGAGGAGGUUAUAAGUCUUAUUCCGAGGCUGGUGUAUGCAGAUCCUCGCUCAAAACUGGAGACUCUCAAAGAUGCCUUUGAUGUUUCUGUGCAAGCAGUUAUUGACAAAGUUACCAAGUUGAGGAGGGACAUCAUUGAAGGUCAUACAGACGAUAACUUUAUUGAGGAAAACAGUUGGAAAUAUGCUUUGUUGGAAGAGGGACAGCGUGAGGUGGGACCUCAUGAAUGGGAUCCUUUUUUCUCAAAACCAAAAGAUGGCAAUGGGGAUUCUGUUGAUUCAUCUGCAGAAGCUGCUAAAAAUUCUUGGAAGAAUGAGCAGCGAUCUCAAUCAUGACACAGAGGUAAUGAUCCAUCAAUAUAAUUUACGGUGAUGUCUAAAGCAAGGAGAAUGCAGCUUAGAAAAACACUGCCCACCUUAAGCCUGGAAGAUUGCUGGUAUAACCCUUCUCAGGACAUGUCAUGAACUCAUUGUAGAACUUAUUUAUUGGCCCAUAUCCUUGUUUAGAGUCAAAAGACAGACAUAGUUUCUGCUUCUUAUAUGUUUUUAUAUAGGACAUUUUACUUUCUGCAUUUGUGAAUCUUUUUAGUGAUUCUUUUUGUAAUGUAUUGUAGCUGAGUUUUCAUCUCAUCAAGUUUAUGUUAGUUUCCAAUCAAUGCAUACAGGAAAUAAUAAUGAGUGAUUAAAGAUCA